AUUCAGAAACCGAGAGAGGAGCGGGAGCAGACCGGAGCAACACAUAGAUAUCUAUGCUGCUUCUGUUUGCCGCUGGAUGCUGUACUUUUCUUUAUCAAAUCAGAGACUAGAAAAGCGCGAUCUAACACUUGACAAACUGAACAAGAAUUCAAACUCAACGUUAUUUUUUUCUUUGAGGAUAAUUCCGGCAACUUCAGUGCACAAUCGUCUGAGAAGUUGACGGAGAGGUAUUUACCUUCAGCAGUCAUGUCCUCUGAGGCCCCACAACCCACAACCCCUCCACUCAAGUCUCCAGCAUCGCCAUGCUCUCCUCACUCGCCAAUAUCAGAUCUAAGGCCCCCUGCAUGCAGACACAGAGAACGCUCGCCCUCCCCGAUGAGAGGCUACCUCAUCCCCAGCCCUCUGCCCACCCGCCGCAACAGGACCUACUCCGCGACGGCCCGGGCAGCCGAGGGCCCUGUGUUUACUGGUGUGUGUAAAUGCUUCUCCCGCUCCAAAGGCCAUGGCUUUAUCACGCCAUCGGACGGCGGCAAAGACAUUUUUGUCCACAUCUCCGAUGUUGAGGGCGAGUACGUCCCGGUGGAGGGUGAUGAGGUGAGCUACAAAAUGUGCACCAUCCCUCCCAAGAAUGAAAAGGUCCAGGCUGUGGAGGUCACCAUCACCCACCUGAAACCGGGGACCAAGCACGAGACCUGGAGUGGCCAUGUCAUCAGUGAAUGAAUCCGCACAGCCAGUCAAGUGGACAGCAACACGAAGAUGAAUCAAAUACAUUUGUUCUUCAUUGGAUAAAGGAUACAGUCGUUUGAAAGAAGUUGUAGACAUUUAGUUGGAUUUAUAACUUGUUCUGGAUGAGUGAAUUUCCUUGUAAGAGUUUGAAUUAAUUUUAGCUACAGUAUAUUGGUUGGUUUUGGCAACAUUUGAGACUAACCUUGUGAGGAAAGCAUGGAUGUGCACUCUGUGUACGUCCUGACAGUAUCCAGUGCCUACUCCAAACCAUUGUCCCUUCUGUAGCUUAAAUGAUCUUGUUUGAUUGGUUUGUAGGUGAAAUAAAGCAUUAACAAGAGUCAUGA